ACUUAUGAGAAUCACCAAAUGCAAAACUUUCUUCAGACGUGGUUAGUUUGUUGUCCGAGAUGGAGCUCCUCGUUUCUAUGGUGAUUGCUUUGUUGCUGGGGGUAACCAGUGCUCAGACUACUGAUGUGACGCCAGAUGUGUUCACCGUCAAUGUUGGAGCAUCUCUGACAACUGUUCUCAAAGCCAGUGGCUCCACCUCAGGAUCAGCAGUGACCGCGACCCCGUCAACGGUUACUAAAGACUGCCAUUCACUGCCGGCCGAUCUGGUGUUUCUGCUGGACGCUUCAGGCAGCGAGGGCGCCACAAACUUCCAGGACCAAUUGACCUUUGUCUCUAAUAUCGUGGACAAGUUUGACAUUGGACCGGACAAAGUACAGGUGAGUGUGGCAACGUUUGCCACCACUGUAGUGAACGCCUUCUGGCUUGAUGACUACAAGACCAAAGCUGAUGUCCUCAACGCCAUCAAGAACAUCCCAUAUACGUCUGGGAAUACGGAAACCGGCGAUGCUCUGAUGCAUGCGCUGCAAGAAAGUUUCUCAGACGCCCAUGGAGCGCGGAACAACUCCAACAAAAUCAUUUUUGUUUUGACCGAUGGUCAGUCCACGGAUCGUAAAAGCACGGCAGAUGCAGCUAACAAAAUCCACAACACCAACAUCCGCGUCAUCGCCAUCGGCAUUGGCAACUCCAUCGCCGCUUCGGAACUGGACACUAUCGCCAGCGACCAGAAGCAUGUGUACCGAGUUGCCAACUUCAGCGGUCUGGCCAGCAUUGAGAAGGAGGUGGAACAACAGACAUGCAAGACCGAGGGCUUAAUCUGCAAAUCGAACCCCGCCGACAUCUUGUUCCUCUUGGAUGCUUCUGGUUCUGAGGGGUCUUCCAACUUUGAUAAGCAGCUCAACUUUGUAAAGAACUUCACGAAGGACUUCACCAUCGGCCCUGACGCUGUCCAGAUCGCCGUGGCGACUUUCUCCACAACGACAACUCCCGCGUUCUGGUUCGACGACUACGACAAUAGCACAGAUCUCAUGAAUGCCAUAGACAAGGUCAAAUAUGUAGGUGGAACCACUCAUACAGAGAUGGCUCUCAAAUUAGGAGAAACGGCGUUCACAGCAGCUAACGGUGCCCGGAACAACUCCAACCACCUCAUCAUCAUCCUCACCGACGGCCAGUCAACAGAAAAAGCACAGACCAAAGCAUCGGCCAACAGCAUCCACGGCGCCGGUACUCAGGUAAUCGCCAUCGGCAUCGGUAGCAGCAUUGACCAACAGGAGAUUAAAGACAUCGCCUCCGGUGACGGCGACCAGAACGCCUUUGCCGUUGCCAACUUUGACGCCCUGCAGACCAUCGAGAAGGAGAUCCAGACUCAGACGUGUAAAACGCAAACAGCAUGCAGCUCGCAGCCGGCGGAUGUGGUGUUUCUAUUAGACACGUCCAGCAGUGAAGGGUCAACCAACUUCAACAAGCAACUGGACUUUGUCAACAACUUCGCCCGCGAGCUAGAGAUCGGUCCCAACAACGUGCAAAUAAGUGUCGUGACAUUUGCGACGGCCGUCAAGAAUGAGUUCUAUCUGAACGCCUACAACACAAAAGCCGGACUGCUCAACGCAGUCCAGAAUGUACAGUACCGCCCGGGCUUGACUGCAACAGGGAAGGGACUCAAGUUUGUUGGCGAGAACAGCUUCCUACCACAAAAUGGCGGCCGUCCCGGCGCGCAGCAAGUAGUCAUUGUCGUCACUGAUGGUGAAUCUCAGGAGAAGUCAGAGACGGCCAGUGAAGCGGAGAAGGUCCAUAAAGCCGGCAUCAAGGUCAUAUCGGUGGGCAUCGGUAGCAGCAUCGACAACGGAGAGCUCACCGCUCUGGCCAGCAGUCCUGCCUUUGUGUUCAAAGUGGCAGAUUUUGAUGCUCUGCAGAAGAUUGAGACAGAGAUACGACAGACUACAUGUAAGGCUCCACAGACGGCUUGCAAGUCCGACCCUGCUGACAUUGUGUUCCUCCUGGAUUCAUCAAGUAGUGAGGGGUCAACCAACUUCAAAAAGCAGCUCGACUUUGUCAGCAACUUCGUCGACGGCUUUGACAUUGGUCCUGAUAGCGUACAGAUCGGAGUAGUCACCUUUUCAACGUCUGUCCAAAACCGCUUCUUCUUGAACGUGUACAACAACAAAGCAGCUUUAAAAGCUGCAAUCACCAGCAUAUCUUACACUGGAGGCGUCACAGAGACUGGAGAGGGAUUGGAGUAUAUACGAACAAGCUCUCUCAGCGCUGCACAUGGUGCCCGUGCUAAUGCCCGCCAGGUGGUCAUUGUCAUGACCGACGGUCAGUCGCAGAACACUGCAACCACCAAGAACCAAGCCCAGUUGUUGCGCGAUAAAGGCGUCAAGGUUAUGGCUGUGGGAAUAGGUACUGGAAUCCGUUCAUCUGAACUGAACAGCAUAGCCAGCGACAUGCAACAUGUCUUCAUGGUUGCAGGUUUCGACGCUCUGCACGACAUUCAGACGGAGCUACAACAACAAUCAUGUAACACGCUCGUAUGCGCUGCCUCCGCUGCCGAUAUCGUCUUCGUCCUCGACUCUUCCAUCAGUGUAGGGUCCACUAACUUCAGGAAACAAGUUACAUUCGUCCAGAAUUUCGUGGACCAGUUUGACGUCAGCAGUACGGCUGUGCAGUUCAGCAUCGUCGUCUACGCAACUGACGUGUUUCCUCAGUUUGACCUUGACAAGUACGCCAGUAAGGCCGCUCUGCUCGCCGCCAUCAAGAACGUCAACUACCACUCUGGCAUUACCUACACCGACAAAGCCCUCAGCUACGUCUACCAGACAACGCUGACGGCGGCUCACGGCGCCAGGCCUUCGGCUGCAAAGAUCGUGAUCGUCAUUACUGAUGGACAGUCAACGAAUCGAGCUAAUACAGUACAACAGGCUAACAACCUACACCAGGCUGGAGUGGAGGUCAUGGCUAUCGGUAUCGGUUCAUCAGCGAACCAGCAGGAGCUCGCCAACAUCGCCACCGACACCAAACACGUCUUCUCCGUCACCAACUUCGAUUCUCUCAAAACCAUUCAGAACGAACUCCAACAGUCUACGUGCGCUGUUCAAUCCACAACCAUCCCAGCAACAACAAAACCUCGUCCAUGCCCAGUGUCCGAGAAGGCGGAUGUCAUCUUCCUCCUGGACUCUUCCAGUAGUGAGGGAUCUUCCAAUUUCCAAAAGGAACUAGACUUCGUCGCCCAGUUUGUCAACGACUUCGACAUUGGCCCAGAUCACAUGCAAUUCGGGGCUAUCCGGUUCAGUAGUGACGCCUCAAUUGUGUUUGACCUCAAUGCCCACACAACAAAGUCUUCCCUUCAGCAAGCGAUCGCCUCCAUCAGCUACAACGGCGGAAACACCUACACCGACAAGGCUUUGGCCUUGGCUCGGUCAAGCGGCUUCACGUCUGCUCACGGGGCCCGUCUUGGCGCCAACAGAUACGUCAUUGUCAUCACGGAUGGAGAGUCCCUGUUGCGGACUCAGACAUUAAGUGAGGCAACUAAGCUGAAGAAUGAUGGUAUUACUGUCAUCAGUAUCGGUGUGGGGUCAUCGGUGCGCCAGUCCGAGCUGGACGGGAUCGCUACAGACAAGACACACGUGUUCACAGUGAAGGACUUCACUGUGCUGCAGACCAUUCAUAAAGAAGUCCAGAAGAAAACAUGUACAGAUGCUGGGCUAUCGUUAACUACAACGUCUCCAUAGCAACAAUUCUAUGCCAAAACUGUAAAUUUGUACGUAAAAUAGAAUAUGAAAUGUA